AUGGGUCAGCUGCACAAAGGCGCGACCCUCAAGAAUGCAGCCAUCCUGAACAUGACCAGGAGUUCGGGUGACCGAGCUCUUGACGAGCAACUUCUGGCAGAGACCCGAGAAGAAAUUAGGAAAGGGCGGGCAAUAGGCCCGUUCAAACUGGAGGAGCUUGAGAAGGAUGCCAUUGUUUCCAGAAGGUUUCUGUUGCAGCAGGGCAGCAAGGCUCGAGUGAUCGACGACUAUUCCGUCAGCGGAAUCAACGAUACCUGUGCGGCUCACAAUAAAGUGGAUCUGCAUAUGAUUGACACGCUGGCGGCCUUGACAAACCAGUAUUUCAGGCACUGUGCAGAGAGGCAACUUGACAGUUCCUUGGUUGCCAAGACAUAUGACCUGAAGAGUGCUUACCGACAGAUUCCUAUCCGGGAGUCCCAUCUCAAGUAUGCAUAUUUCAGCAUCUUCAACCAUGAGACGGAGCAGGCUGAAGUGUAUCAGAUGCAGACUCUGCCUUUUGGGGCAACUCAUAGUGUAUACUGUUUUCUGCGGCUUGCAAAGAUGCUUCACUUCAUCGCUGCGAGAGGACUGUUUGCAAUGAACACCAACUUCUAUGACGACUUUGUCCUUGUUUCCAGGGCGGAGACUCAGGACAGUGCAAAGCAUGCAAUGGAGCUGGUCUUCUUGCUAACAGGUUGGGAGUUUGCCCGGGAAGGGAAAAAGAAAACGGAAUUCUCCACUCUGUGCCGCGCACUCGGUGUUGUGUUUGAUUUUUCUUUGUCCUCGGAGCAAAAGUUGAUGAUCGAGAACACUGAGCAACGAAAGCUGGAACGAGGCACGUUGACGCGUCCCAAAGCUUUGGUGCUUAGAGGUAAACUAGGAUUUGCAGACAGCUUCGUCCACGGUCGCUUGGGGAUCUUAGUGCUAAGUAAACUAAUCGAACACGCCUACGGAGCCCAAAAGCAAAUCGACGAGAGCUUGCGAGAUGCCCUUCGUUUCAUGCUUGAACCCUUGAACUCAGGUAAACCUAGGGUGGUUCGUGCUCACAGGCUUGCACAAUGGUUCAUCUACUCCGAUGCUUCAUAUGAACAGAGCAGCAAACCGGGAGGCAUUGGUGGUGUCCUUGUUAAUGACCGAGGUGAGUGCGUCUCUUGGUUUGGGUUCAAUGUUGACUCUGAGACUUGUCUAGAGCUUGGUGCCUCCACCAAAGACACCAUCAUUUAUGAACUAGAAUUGUUUGCCGGAGUCCUUGCGUUAAAAUUUUGGAACGGCAAAAAUUUCGCGUGGUCUUCAAGUAUGGUUCGGAGACAAUGA